CCCCGCUGGCGAUCUCUACUCCGCAUGUCCAGCAGCAGUAAUAUUAAGGUACUUUAGUUCACGGUCAUGGCAGUCGUAAUGUCGUCGCUUAAGAGUGGCAAUAGUCGCCUAUUCAUCCCUCCAACAGACAAGACACAUUGUCGAAAGACCUCUCUAUUGAAUCCUGCCUCUCUGUACCGAGACUGCCGGAUCUCUUUAUGGCCUGAUAGUGGGUCGGAAUCUCUUCUCCAUUUAUUGAAUCCAUUCAUCCACUUCCUCCGGUGUACACCCAUCCAUUCAUUGAUCGAUCGAUCCCUUUCUCCCCGCCAUGUCGCUCGCAUAACGUCGCCUCAGGAGAGACCAGCAAAAUUCAAUCCGUGGCGCGAGACCGGCCAUUCGUGCAAUCCAGCGUGCUGAAGCCUGGUCCUGACACGCUAUUGACGAUUCUCUAUAAUUUUUUCUCUUUAUAUUCCUCUCUCUCUCUCUUGUCUUUUCCCCUCUCUCUCCGUCCAUGUCCGCCUCCACCGCCGCCCUCCCGCCCGAUUCGUCUUCUGCUCGCCCGGGGCGCCUGCGACGCCUGAGCCAGCUGCGAGCCUACACCCACGCCCUCUCCUCCUCCUCAUCCACCUCCUCGACCCCCUCUUCUGCCCCCGUGGUGGCCUCCUCUGCGCCAUCGGGUCACCGUUCCUAUCGCAAUAGCUUUUCCACUCGGGUUUCCUGGUUAUCGCCCGUCUCCCACACCACCGUUCAGCCGGAAGCCAGCGAGUUGGCUCCAUGCCCGGAGCCUGAAUCGCCCGUCCUGGCUCGCUAUACCUCUGCGCCCCAGACGGGGUCUUUUGGCUUUGUUGCCGAUCCGACCUCUGAGUCGACCCCGUCAACUCCUUCCAACGAGUCCGACAGCCAGCCCGCGGCUCCCAGUCUCAUGGCCCGGCUGCGAAGCGCCUCAGCCGUGCUGAGCCGGCCUUUGCAAAUCCCAGACACGGGCAACAACUCCAAUAUUAAUAACAAUACCAACACCAACGGUCGGGGUGCCGAUCCGAGUCCCGUAAUAGACAGUCCCGGUAUGCUGAGUAGAGAAGAGGGGGCCACAGACCUUCUUGCCGGCGAUGCCGCUGCCGGUUCAAAGCAGAAUGCAACCAUCCGACUCUACCCCCACCAGGACUUGCACCAGAACUCGCGGCCCUCGUUGCCCUUCCUGCCCAUCUCGCGGACGCUCCCAGCUAGUGCCUGCGUCAUCCGUGUCGGCCGUUACUCCGAGCGUGAUGGUGUGCCCAUCUCGAACCCCCGGCACCCGUCGAGCGACCCGGUCGGCUUCAAGUCCAAGGUCGUCAGUCGGAAACAUUGCGAGUUCCACUAUCUCAACGGCCAGUGGCACGUCAAAGAUGUUGGCAGCUCGUCGGGUACUUUUCUGAACCACAUGAGGCUGAGCCCGCCCAAUGUCGCAUCGCGCUUGUAUCCCAUCAAGGACGGUGAUAUCGUCCAGCUAGGUAUCGACUUCAAGGGCGGCGAGGAAAUGAUCUUCCGAUGCGUGCGCAUCCGCAUUGAGUGUAAUCGCUCCUGGCAACAGCAGGCCAACGAAUUCAAUAAAAACACCGAGAGCUUGAUUCAGAACCUCGGCAAAGGCGAUACAUCCGACUACUCUGGCUGCCGCGAGUGCUCCAUCUGCUUGGGUUCUGUUCUACGCCCAUACCAAUGCCUUUUCAUGGCUGCUUGUGCUCAUGUUUGGCAUUACAAGUGUAUCAGCCGGCUCAUCCACACCCCCGACUAUCCCAUGUUUCAAUGUCCCAAUUGCCGGGCAUACACGGACCUGAGCGCCGAGGUCGACGAUACCCCCGAGUUCGACGAAAAGGAGCCCAUGGAGGAGCAAAAGGGUGUAGAAGAGCACAAACAAGAGGUUCCAGGGCAGAGCGAGCACAGUGCGCCAAUCCCCAUACCCGAGACGAUAGAAGAGGUACCACCUCUGGAAUCUUACCAAACCUCUGCCGUGCACGAAUCCGCUGGGGAGUCUGGUUCCGGGACCGACCACCACUCGGCGGAUGAAGGAGAACUGGCAGCCACGGUCGACCGGAUGGACAUUGACCAGGCCGACGCUCGAUCCGGCCCAACCACCCAUCUCCCCGGAUGGCAGUUGAUGACCCAGUCGGUCCAACCCGCCGCACCGCCGCGACAGACGCAGCUGCGCUCCGAGACGCCCAACCGGUCCGAGACCUCGGAUGAGAACCCCCUGACGCCGCGGAACGACUCCGGGCCUCUGGCGCUUGACGGCCGGGCCGUGAUCUCGGACUAGGCAUUGGAGGCCCUGGACCAAAGGAUGGAGAGAGCAUUCGGAAAGAGCAUUUGGAAGAGAGCAUCGGAGCUUGUCAG